GCCUCCUAUCCCUACCUACACACACUCUUUCUCCCUCUCUCUUUACUACUCCUUACACCGUCUGGCCCUGCUUAUGGUUGGUUUUCUCCGCUUGGUGGCAUGGAAUCUCAGGACGGAAUUUCCGUCCGGCCUAUGAGGCUGAAGGUCCUCUACACUUUCGAUGAUGCCAACAAGACGAACUGCCUGGCCCGGUGGCCCCAUCUCCUCGAUAUCCAGUCUGCGGCCCUGGACGAGAAAACACAAAUCGGUGUGAUCGAGCUAAAAACCUGCAUUCAAGCCAUUGUCUCGGCAAGCCCGGAACUAGUCGCCCACCUCGGACAGGAUUAUACCGUGUACGCCUACGACUACUCGGAAUAUGAGACGCCCCUCGUCGGGCAGGGAAUGCUGUCAUGGGUUCUGGCAUCCGCUUCUCCGACCCCCAAUGCCCCGGCACAUCAAUCCCACACCAUGGUCACCGGUCGGGUGUGCAAGAACGUCCUAGGUUUAUUUUCGAAGGGUGCUCAGGAGACACUGGAGGUCAAAUUGCGGCUGGUGCCCGUUCCCACGGUUAUGCAAAGCGAGUACCUGGAUAGCAUGCAGCGAUACCGGGAAUUGAGCAACGUCAUCCCUCAUGAAUUCGACGCCCAGUCCUGGACGAAUUUUCUGCGCCAAAACCCAGGUUUGCUGGCCCCCCGCCAUCAGCACCAACAACAGCAACCGGACCGGACCGUAUCGCCGAUGGACCACGCCGGAAUCGAACGGUUCCACCGGUUACUGAGUGAGGGGUCGACGCCAAGAGAGCUGCCCUCCAUUGCGCAGAACGGGUCGAUCCGAUCGGUGUCACCCACGCAGUCGGUUCUUGGCCCUACAAGCAGGAUAUCCACGCCAGGUCACCAGCAAGAACAACCACAACAGCUGCACCAACAACAGGAAAGGGUGCACACCGAUUUGAUUCGCCCUUCGUCUAGCGCUUCCAUGCGCGACUCGGACCUCCCCGCCCACGUCAGAUAUGCAAGCCGCCGGGGGUCAAUCCAGUCGGGAUAUGGAAGUGGUGACGAGUCUUCUGAUCAACCCCGGAAAAGAGCCAAGCUGUACCGCGCGGAUUGGCCUGGAAAGUCGGACCUCAACAUUGAACGGCAGCCCAGCUCCCUGCGUGUGGCCGCAAGCACCGCCGCAUCUGUCCGUAUUCAUCGCCCCACGCCAAUCAACCCUUCUAUUGCUGCCGCCCAGAGUUCGAAUGAAGAGCCUGUUCGGCCCCCAACUCCUAUUUCCAACUCGAACGACCUUCCUCGCAGAGCACGACCCCCACCCAGCCUCUUGCGUGAGUCUUCGGUCCACAGCAAUGCUCAGUACAUGUCACCUUAUACCAUGAGCGAUGAUCAUCCAUGUGAAAACCAGUCGCCAGAGGAGUCCCGGUAUCAGGGUCUCUUUGAACCCUCGUUCAGUAUGCCGUCCUCGCCCCCCGUUCUGGAUUGUGCGUUUCCGACCCGGUCCAGCCCAGUUCUCCCACCUAUGGCCAACGAUCCGGACUCUGGCUUCAUGAGCGGAGGCAUGGAUGAUCUCCUGGAUGAGGAAGUUGGCACCCCCUUGGAUGAGUGCACAAGAUCGGUCAUCAAUGACAACAGAGGCAAGAGAGGCGCGCGUCCCGCUGUACAAGCUAGCUCCCCUGUUGGUGCCCCAAUCAACCUCGAUAACUUCCCGGCCAGCGAUGCCCUACCGGACCAGUCAGGGAAAGAGAAAGUACCUGCGCCCCCUCGCGCUCCGGCCAGUGCUGCGGGCUCCAGGCCGUCCUCCCGCGCCGGUAUCCGACAGGUUCCCAAGCCCUUGGCCCCUGCUCCCAUGUCGCAGAGCGAGCUGGAACAACUCAUGAGUGCGAUCCCUGCGAGCGACCCGGUGAUGCCCUCCCAUGUGCACGUACAGACUGCUCAGUCUUGGACCGGCCCGAUGAGCGACUUCUCUGCCGCCGAAACUCCUGCCCCGCAACCCCCCAUUGAGGACGGCAAGGUCCGGAGUGGCACUGGUGCCAGACGGCUGAAACAAGUUCAGGCGCGUCUGGACAGGUGCAUCCAAAAUGGCCAGGUUCCUCCUUACUGCGAGAACUGUGGUGCCAUCGAGACCCCUACUUGGCGCAGAGCCUGGUCCAAGGAGAUCGUGGGCAACGAAGAUGAGGCCAACGAGCUCGUCAAGGACUCAAACAUGUUGUUCUGGCAGGCUGUUGAUCGCGAUGAUCAAGAAAAGGUCAUCAAGUUCAAGGUCUACAAGAAGAGCCUAGUGGACACUGACAAGGACUUUUCCCAAGUCCUUCUUUGCAACCCUUGUGGUCUGUGGCUUCACAAGUUCAAAUGCAUGCGGCCGGAAAACAAGUGGAACAAAGGCGCCAACAACAAGCGAAAGCGCCCUCCCAGGAACCGCAAGGCAGGCGGCCCGCUCUCCAGCACCAACCCCUCGGCGAGAAACCGCGCCAGAGCCGAUUCGAGCAAACCCGAAGGGUCCUCUCCCGGCGUAUCCGAUGCCUCCUCGCCCGCAGUCGAAGAGGGACCAACCCCCCGCGGAGAAAACGAAACCGAGGGCAACGAGAACAGCGCGCAGGACAAUGACGAAGUCCAAGAGCUUCCCGCCAAACGCCGUCGUGCCAACAGUCUGGAGCCGCGGAAGUCAUCCGAUGCAGCAGGUAGCCGCUGGCAGGAGCAAGAUCCGGUUGCAGCGCUCCGGGCGGCCAUCCAGUCUAGUCCAGCUAGAAAUCUUGAACACCGCCACGCUCCAGCUGCGGGUGAGAAUGCUCUGACUCCCAAGUCUGUGAGACGAGUGCUUUUUCCUAAUUCGCACAAUGAGGGCGGGCCUUUGCGGGCAUUAGGUGACGCAAACAUGAACAGUCCUCGCAGAAGCCCCCGUGCCUCGCGUGGAUCGGACAAGCAAGCCGAAGACAAAGAGAACCAGACCUCUGCAGAUAUUGACGGGCUUUUCGAGAGUCCCGAAUUUGACUUCGACCUCCCUACCAGCCCUACGCCUAGACGCCGCAACCCUCGUGCGAACAUUCUUGGUGAAAAACGACUUUCCGGGCCGAGCAACUCGCCUACGUCGAGGGGACGGAAAGCAAUCACCUCUGACUCCCCGACCAGGGUCACAGCGCAGAGACUGCAGCGCAUUCAGAGCAGCCCGGGCCCUGCGACGCGCCAAAACAAGACGCCCAAGCAGUCGCGAACUCAGGCUGCCAACCUCCCUGCUUUGCCUGAAGAUUCUUUCGGCCCCGAUGCAUUCGAAGGGAUGGACAACAUGAUCGUCGAUAUCUUCUCCGACGCCCCCUCUGCUGCAAACACGGAGGCACUAUUCGCCCUUGAUCCCAAACUUGCCGACGGCAGCUGGCCUGACUGGCUUCCUUCGGAUUAUGUUUCCCCUGCCGGAUCCGAGGGCGAGGCGACUGGCCCCGACGACUCGAGAGAUCUCAUCAAUGCGCUGCUGUCCGAUCCAGACCUUCAAAAGAACCCUCAGUUCGAUAUCUUCAAUUACGUUGACUCGAACGUCCUUGAUUCCGGAUUCUUCAGUUCCGACGCCAUCAAUGCCGACAGCCUGACGCUGGGCGUGAAGAACAAGGCGGCUGAGAGCGAACCCAUCACGGACAAGGAGCAAAUCCCACCUACAAAUGAUGCUUAAUGAGUUUUUUAUUCUUUUUUUCCCUGUCUGUGAUGAGAGCGGACUUUCUUGUCCAUUUUUUUUGUCUUAUUUUAGCGAUGGCGUUCGGUGGAACUUGAGUGGCUGUAAG